AUGGCGGAUUUGGGGAUCUCAGCUGGCCAGUAUGUGGCGGUAGUCUGGGAUAGGUCAUCUCCAGCGGAAGCACUGAAAGAUCUGGUGGACACGCUUCAAGCGUUGACUGGCAGUGAAGGCCGAGUAUCUGUGGAAAACCUCAACCAGUUGCUACAAUCUGCACAUAAAGAGUCCAGCUUUGAUGUGAUCUUGUCGGGUCUUGUUCCCGGAAGCACGACUCUGCACAGUGCUGAGAUUUUGGCUGAGAUGGCCCGGAUCCUUCGGCCUGGUGGUUGUCUUUUUCUGAAAGAGCCAGCAGAGACUGCUGAAGUUAACAAUAGCAAAGUAAAGACAGCAUCUAAACUGUGUUCGGCCCUGACUCUUUCUGGUCUUGUGGAAGUAAAAGAGCUGCAGCGGGACUCACUGGGCCCUGAGGAGAUGCAGUUUGUCCAAGACCAGCUGAGCUACCAGAGUGACAGCUUGCUCUCGGUUCAGAUCAUGGGCAAAAAACCAAACUUUGAAGUAGGAUCUUCUAGCCAGCUUAAACUUUCCAAUGCCAAGAAGUCUCCUUCAGGGAAGCCUGCUGUGGACCCUGCUACUGCCAGACUCUGGACACUGUCUGCCAAUGACAUGGAUGAUGACAGCAUGGAUCUCAUUGACUCAGAUGAGCUGCUGGAUCCAGAAGAUCUGAAGAAGCCAGACCCUGCUUCCCUGCGAGCUGCUUCAUGCGGAGAAGGGAACAAGAAGAAGGCUUGCAAGAACUGCACGUGUGGCCUUGCAGAAGAGCUGGAAAAAGAGAAGUCAAAGGAACAGAAGAACUGUCAGCCCAAGUCGGCUUGUGGGAACUGCUACCUGGGGGAUGCCUUCCGCUGCGCCAGCUGCCCCUACCUGGGGAUGCCAGCCUUCAAGCCUGGGGAGAAGGUGCUGCUGAGCAACAGCAAUCUUCAUGAUGCCUAG